GCUACGCCGUCUGUUUUGAGACAUUGAUCCCUCUCCCAAUGGGUGCAUGGUGAUCCAUUUUCUGCUUUGAGGUGCCGCCAAAGGGUGUGAUCACUACGAGGUGUUGCACUCAUAUGAUAUGCUAUUCAUCACCAACAAUGUGCGAGUUUGUGUGUGUAUACUGUACGUACACGUGUUCUGCGAAUGUGUAUCUUUGUGUGUAAGCUUAUAUUUCUGCUGUUUGUGUACAAAGCAAGCAUGUGUGUGAACUACACUUUAGCAGUGUGUGCACUCAUGGGCCCUGGAAUCAUAUCCCAUAUCACAAAGAAUAAAGUCUUGCCUUGUAUACAACCUGCUUUAUUUCAUAUCCCUCAGGAGUCAUGUAAUCUGUUCUUGCCAGCCCACCUACCUCAUAAUAACCCCCGGUGUUCAGUCCCUUGUUCUCUCUUUGGGCUACCGGGGCAAUAUAAGGAAGACGGCAGCCUACAUGAAUCAGUAGUCAGAUGGGAUGGAGUGAACACCAUUUACAUCAGCAGCGUAUUGUGUCAAGCCCUCAGUAUGCCUUCCAUUCGCCUCGUCUUCCUGACCACUCUCCUUGUGGUUCUGAUGGCCGUUCUGACCUCCAGUGCCAGAACUACACGCUGGCCCAAACCUCAGACCACCAAGAAGCCUCCUCGAGGGGGUGGAGGAUUCGGACGGACCACCACCACAACGACAUCCAGCAACAUGCACACAGAUGAGACAACUGAGGUCACAAUGGACGCGUACUCCCUGUCCCCUACAGACAGCACCACCUACUCUAGUGACACUUACCCCACUGAUUUCCACACCGAUGCCAUUGUGCCCCCUGGGAACACCCUUGGAAACUACACACUUGACUACAAUGAAUGCUUCUUCAAUUUUUGUGAGUGCUGUCCGCCAGAGAAAGGCCCCGUAGGGCCCAUGGGGGAGAGGGGGCCACCGGGACCACAAGGAGAGAGAGGCUCUAUAGGGUUACCAGGAGAGAAAGGAGAAAUAGGCCCCAGGGGACCUCCAGGACCUGCAGGACUACCUGGAGCCAACGGACUCAAUGGCGACAUAGGUGACAAAGGUGAUCAAGGACCGGUGGGUCUUCCUGGUGCCCCUGGGAUCCCAGGAAAACCAGGAGAAAAAGGUGAUCCGGGCCUCAGAGGGGAGAAAGGUGAACGUGGCUUCAGCGGUCUGAAAGGAGACCCGGGAGAAAGAGGAGAGCCCGGCCUGAAUGGGACUAAGGGGAACAUUGGGCGAGAGGGGCCUAUGGGUCCCCCUGGGGUAGCAGGGACAAAGGGUCAGAAAGGUGAACAGGGACUAACAGGCGAGUGUUUACCAGGCGAGAAAGGUGAUGUGGGUGAGCGUGGGCCCCCUGGUAUGAGAGGAGUUAAUGGAACUGAUGGUGCAAAGGGAGAUCCAGGGCCUCCGGGAGUGAAGGGGGAUACUGGUGCAAGAGGGCCCCCAGGACUUCCAGGAAUAAGGGGCAUUGCAGGGAUGAGGGGGGAGAGGGGAGCUAAAGGUGGCCGUGGCCCUCGGGGCCCUAAAGGCCCACCAGGUGAGAAUGUGGAGCUGAUUCGCUCUGCCUUCAGUGUGGGCUUGUUCCCCAGCAGGUCCUUCCCUCCGCCUAGCCUGCCUGUCAAGUUUGACAAGGUGUUUUACAACGGGGAGGGGCACUGGGACCCAAAUCUCAACAAGUUCAACGUCACCUACUCGGGGGUCUACCUAUUCAGUUACCACAUCACUGUGCGCAACCGGCCCGUGCGUGCUGCCUUAGUGGUUAAUGGGGUAAGGAAGCUGCGGACUCGGGACUCUCUGUACGGCCAGGACAUCGAUCAGGCGUCCAACCUCGCUCUCAUGCACCUGAUUGUGGGCGACCAGGUGUGGCUGGAGACGCUGAGAGACUGGAACGGAGUUUACUCCAGCAGUGAGGAUGACAGCACUUUCUCUGGUUUCCUGCUUUACCCAGAUCCAAAGGACAAACCUACAGCUAUAGAAAAUGUGUGAAUGCAACCUUUGACCUUAAAUGAGCCCUGAUAGUAACUUCUUGUAGACUCUGCACCACCUUCAGCCUAUUGCACUGCUCUGUCAAAUUAUUCUGUGAUUCAGCUAAAUGCUGCUGCUUCAGUAUCCGCUCGCUGCUGUCUAAUCAAACCAAAUGCUUUGCUUGCCUUGCUAAAUGUGGAGAUGGAUGAGGCUUGAUUAUACUGCUGUAUGCAACACUUCAGUUCUUUGCAACAAUGCAUUA